CCUCCGCAGGGCUACUACACCCGGCGCGGCGGCGUCGGCGAGAGCGGCGACUUCAUCACCUCGCCCGAGAUAAGCCAGGUGUUCGGGGAGCUGAUUGGGAUCUGGUACAUCAGCGAGUGGAUAGCUGCUGGCAAACCGAAGGCAUUCCAGCUGGUGGAGCUGGGCCCAGGCAGGGGCAGCCUUACCGAUGACAUAUUGCGGGUCUUCAAACAGCUUGCCUCUUUACUUAGUAAAUGUGAUAUUUCUAUUCAUCUGGUAGAAGUGAGUCCCAGACUCAGUGAGAUCCAAGCACAGAUGCUGACAGGAGGGAAGGUGCAGUCAAGCCCCAGGGACGAUGCUGUUUACAUGAAAGGCGUUAGCAAGACUGGAAUUCCCAUCUCCUGGUACCGAGACAUUCAGGAUGUACCACAAGGUUACAGCUUUUACUUAGCGCAUGAAUUUUUUGAUGCCCUGCCCAUACAUAAGUUUCAGAGAACAGAAAAAGGGUGGCGUGAAGUGCUGGUUGAUGAAGAUCCAGAAGUGUCUGACCAGCUCCGGUUUGUCCUGGCACCAUCCAGCACCCCUGCGACGCAAAACUUUAUUCAGCCUGAAGAAAGAAGAGAACAUGUGGAAGUGUGUCCUGAGGCUGGGGUCCUCGUUCAGAGACUUGCCCAUCGUCUAGAAAAAGAUGGAGGGGCUGCUCUCAUUGCCGAUUACGGUCACGAUGGAACCAAAACGGACACUUUCAGGGGAUUCCGGAAUCACAAACCUUAUGAUGUGCUGAAAACUCCGGGUAUGGCAGACCUGACAGCAGAUGUGGAUUUCAGCUACCUCCGCAAAAUGACACAGGGAAGAACAGCCACGUUAGGCCCCAUAAAACAACGGGAAUUUUUAAAAAACAUGGGCAUAGACCUCCGGCUGCAGGUGCUCCUCCAGAAUUCACAGGACAUGGCAACACAAGAGCAGUUACGUCAUAGCUACGAUAUGCUGAUGAAUCCUAAGAAAAUGGGAGAUUGUUUUAAUUUUUUUGCCCUGCUGCCUCAUCACAGACUUGCACAGCCUGACCAGAGAGAGAAUCUCCAACCAAGAGCACCCCUAGUCCCUGUUGCUGGCUUUAGUGAACUCUCACUGCAAUAA